CACUCUCUCUACAACUCAAAUUUUCUUCAUUUAAAAUCUUUAGUACAAAAAAAUGGCUUCUUCUUUCUCUCUAAUUCCCUUUCUUGCUUUAUUUCUUGUUUCUUUCUCUCAUAUUGCUCUUUCAUUAUCAUCAAAAUCUUUCUUGCCUUUUCAUAAGCCUAUAAUAAGCCAGAAAAAAUUCCCAGUAACAAUGGCUGAAAAAUUCAUUAGACAACUUAACUUGUUUCCUAAACAUGAUAUUAAUAUUAUUUCUUCAAAGGAUAAUAUUGCACUAGCCAAUGAUGAGAGAUUAUUUGAAAAGAAAUUGAAUUUACCUUAUCUUGGUGAUUCUGGUGCAACUGUCCAAGAUUUAGGUCAUCAUGCUGGUUAUUUUCGUCUUCUACAUACUAAAGCUGCAAGGAUGUUCUAUUUUUUCUUUGAAUCGAGGAGCAACAAGAAUGAUCCAGUAGUGAUAUGGUUAACAGGAGGGCCAGGAUGUAGCAGUGAAUUGGCUUUGUUUUAUGAAAAUGGACCUUUUAAAUUAUCUGACAACAUGUCUCUUGUCUGGAAUGAUUUUGGCUGGGACAAGGUCUCAAACCUUAUAUACGUUGAUCAACCAACGGGAACUGGUUUUAGUUAUAGUACUGUUGAUAGUGACAUUCGUAACAGCGAGACGGGUGUGAGCAAUGACCUUUAUGACUUCUUACAGGAAUUCUUCAAGGCGCAUCCUGAUUAUGUAAAUAAUGAUUUCUACAUUACUGGAGAAUCAUAUGCUGGACAUUAUAUUCCUGCAUUUGCUUCUCGUGUUAACCAAGGAAACAAAAAUAAAGAAGGAAUUAACAUAAACCUCAAGGGAUUUGCCAUUGGUAAUGGACUCACCAACCCAGAAAUCCAGUACAAAGCCUACACUGACUAUGCAUUGGACAUGAAAUUGAUCAAUCAAACUGAUUACGACGCCAUAAAUCAAUUAUAUCCACAAUGUCAACAAGAAAUUAGGCUUUGCGGAAGUGGUAGUGAUGAUGCUUGCUUGGACGCAUUUGGUCGUUGCACAAACAUCUUCAGUAGUAUAAUGGACGUUGUGGGCGAUAAAAAUUACUAUGAUAUCCGCAAGAAAUGUGAGGGGAACCUCUGCUAUGACUUCUCGGGAAUGGAAACUUACCUCAACGAUGACCAAGUUAAGCAAGCCCUUGGUGUUCCCAACAGCAUUGACUUUGUUUCAUGUAGUUCUACAGUUUAUCAGGCGAUGGAGACGGACUGGAUGAAGAAUCUUGAAGAAGGUAUUCCUUCACUUCUUGAGGAUGGUAUCAAUCUACUCAUUUAUGCUGGAGAGUAUGACCUUAUCUGCAACUGGCUUGGGAACUCAAAUUGGGUGCAUGCAGUGGAAUGGUCUGGGCAGAAUGACUUUGUGGCUGCACCAUCUGUUUCUUUCACAGUAGAUGGUGAGGAGAAAGGAAUUCAAAAGAGCUAUGGACCUCUGACUUUCCUCAAGGUCCAUGAUGCAGGCCAUAUGGUGCCAAUGGAUCAACCUAAGGCAGCACUGGAAAUGCUCCAGAGGUGGACCACUCAAGGCAAAUUGUCCUAAGAAAAUCAUCUUGCUCACAUGUGAAGCAUCAAUUUGAGAACCACACUUAACUGAAACAGAUUUAACAUUUUUCCAGCUUUAUAAUUCCAUCAAAACAUAGAAAAUCAUGUAGAUACAUUUCACCUUUUCAGGUUACCCUGAAAUCUGUCAAUGAAAUGUUUUUAUCUUUGAGGUGAAUAUAUUCUUCUAAGAUUGGAUUAAGCAUUAUAACAUAUAGUGAAGCACACUGUUUGCUCUUGA